UUUCUCGGCCAGGGUUUGGAGCCCCGGACCACCUGGCUGUUGCGGACUCCAGCCAUCCUUGCGCUGGGCCCGAGGCGUCUUCUCUGGCGUGCGCAGCUGGUUUCGCGGCCAAGGCGGUCUGGGGGCCUGAAGAUGGCGUCGGGUCCGGGUUUCCAGGACCGGGAAGGGCUCCUGAUAGUGAAACUGGAGGAGGACAGCGCCUGGAGCCAGGAGCUGCCCCAGCCAGACCCAGGUCCCAGCCCAGAGGCCUCUCACCUGCGCUUCAGACGGUUCCGCUUUCAAGAGGCCGCUGGGCCCCGGGAAGCCCUCAGCCGGCUCCAGGAGCUUUGCCACGGGUGGCUCCAGCCGGAGAUGCGCACCAAGGAGCAGAUCUUGGAGCUGUUGGUGCUGGAGCAGUUCCUGACCAUCCUGCCCCAGGAGAUCCAGAGCAGGGUGCAGGAGCUGCACCCGGAGAGCGGCGAGGAAGCGGUGACUCUCGUUGAGGAUAUGCAGAAAGAACUUGGAAGACUGAGACAGAAGGUCACAAACCGUGGGCGGGGAACAGAAGUGCUUUUGGAGGAGCCUUUGCCUCUGGAAACAGCACAAGAGUCACCGAGCUUCAAGCUGGAGCCCAUGGAGACUGAGCGAAGCCCUGGCCGCAGGCUGCAGGAGCUGCUAGGCCCCGGCCCCAAAAGGGACCCUCAGACUGUAAAGGAGAGGGCAUUAUCUGCUCCCUGGCUUUCUCUCUUUCCUCCCGAAGGAAACAUGGAAGACAAGGAGCUGACUGGGCCCCAGUUGCCUGAGAGCUUAGAGGACGUGGCUAUGUACAUCUCCCAGGAGGAGUGGGGGCGUCAGCAUCCUAGUAAGAGGGCCCUCUCCCGGGACACGGUGCAGGAGAGUUAUGAGAAUGUGGACUCACUGGAGUCUCAGGUUCCCAGUCAGGAGGCCCUGAGCACCCAGGUGGAACAUGGAGGAAAGCCCUGGCACCCCAGUGUCCAGACUUGCAAGGAGGGUCUGAGCUCCAGGACCCCGGCUCCAGGGGAAGAGAAAUUUGAGAACCAGGAAGAGUGUGCUCAGUCUGUUUCCCCUGAGAGCAUCCACCGUCAGGCGCUGCUGCCUGGCCAGGCCAGAGGGGAGGUACCCUGGAGUCCUGAGCAGGGAAGGCCUCGGGACAGGGCAGAAAAGCUUUGGGAGCCUCCCACAGAGGAUCGAAUGGAGCAGUCCUUAGUGGGUGCCACAAGUUGCAAAAAACUGGGACGACCAACAGAACUGCAGCCGAAGAAGCUCCACUUAUGUCCUUUGUGCGGGAAAAAUUUCUCUAACAACUCGAACCUGAUUAGGCACCAGAGAAUACAUGCAGCAGAAAGACUGUGCAUGGGUGUGGAGUGUGCUGAAAUCUUUGGUGGGAAUCCACACUUUUUAUCACUACACAGAGCACACCUGGGAGAGGAAGCCCAUAAGUGCCUCGAGUGUGGAAAAAGCUUCAGUCAGAAUACCCACCUGACUCGCCACCAGCGAACCCACACAGGUGAGAAGCCCUAUCAGUGUAAUGUGUGUGGAAAGAGCUUCUCUUGCAACUCCAACCUCCACAGGCACCAGAGAACGCACACAGGCGAAAAGCCCUACAAGUGCCCUGAGUGCGGGGAGAUCUUUGCUCACAGUUCCAACCUCCUCAGGCACCAGAGAAUUCACACGGGAGAGAGACCUUAUAAGUGUGCCGAGUGUGGGAAAAGUUUCUCUCGCAGUUCACACCUUGUUAUUCACGAAAGAACUCAUGAGAAAGAGAGGCUGUACCCCUUCUCUGAGUGUGGGGAAGCAGUGAGGGACAGCACGUUCUGUCUUACAAAUCCUGGGACCCAUCCCAAAGCAGAGAAGAAACUCUUCCAGUGUUUGACUUGUGGGAAAAGCUUCCGGCAGGGCAUGCACCUCACCAGACACCAGAGAACACACACAGGAGAGAAACCAUAUAAAUGUAACCUCUGUGGGGAAAACUUUUCUCAUAGAUCCAACUUAAUCAGGCACCAGAGAAUUCACACGGGAGAGAAACCCUAUACCUGUCACGAAUGUGGGGACAGUUUCUCUCACAGCUCCAAUCGGAUUCGUCAUCUGAGAACCCACACGGGAGAGAAACCUUAUAAAUGUUCUGAAUGUGGAGAAAGCUUUUCCCGGAGUUCACGCCUUAUGAGUCAUCAGAGAACUCACACUGGAUAGAAACGAUGGGAUUUCUUUUGGGCCCAGAUAAGGUGGCCUGUUCAGAGGGACCUGUUAUUCAGAGUUCAUAUUCCUUACCCAUCGAGUAAUUACCCUGCCCCCGCAGGGCAGGGUCCUUCUGAGGGAAGUACAGAAGCAGCAAAGGAUUAGCAUAAAACUGAAAAGGAAUUCUGUUGGAAUUAGUGAGAAUAGCAAGUCUUUGAGGCGACCCACUCAGGGUGGAAUUCUCUGUGAAGUACUUCCUGUCCCAAGACAUUAUCCCCCUCGGCAUAUUUAGCCAGCUUGUGACAUAUUUAGCCAGCUUGUGACAUGGGUGCCUUAUUCUGUCCUGUGUCCAUCCCAGCAACUUUGGGAAUCCAUGGACUUACUGCUUCCUCACUUGGAACAUUCAUCAGGAAUAUUUGGGCUCCUGAGGCCCUUGAGAGCAAAGAAGAGUGAUCAGGUCUCUUGGGAAAGCAGGAGACACCAAGAUACUGGUGGUGAGUUGCAGCUCUUCUGAAAGCCUGGCUGGGAAGCUCAUAGGCAGUCCUGGGCACCCACGGUCAAUGGCCGGACCAUAUUGGUCAUUGGCAGGUCCUCACCUCAAACAAAAAGGAACAAGAGACCUAAGGGAAAUAGUAAGACAGAAUUUGCAGGUCUGCCCGGAAAUAGGCAGAGGAAACUAUAUAAGUCUGAAUUAGUUUACCCUUUGCAGAGAUCAAGUCUUCAGAAGGUUCACGGAAGAUGGGUUCCCUGGGAGACUUUGAGAACAUGGAUCCUGGGGAAUUA